AUGUUGGCACAAAUGAUGAUGGGCCGCCAAACGGCAGCCAAUAAGGAAGGUGCAUCGACUAACAAUGUACAAGCUGAAGCAGUCUGGGUUGAGAAAUAUCGACCCAAAACGAUGGACGAUAUUGCAUCACAGGAAGAAGCUGUUGCUGUACUGAAAAAGACUAUGGAAUCUGCUAAUCUUCCACAUUUAUUGUUUUAUGGACCACCUGGAACUGGAAAGACAUCUUCUAUAUUGGCUUUAUGUAGAACGUUAUAUGGGCCAGAUCUAUACAAAUCUCGAGUUCUAGAACUAAAUGCAUCAGAUGAACGUGGUAUUGAUGUCGUUCGUGAAAAAGUCCGUGACUUUGCACGGUAUACGGUUGCUCAACACUCAACAGGAUAUCCAUCACCACCAUACAAGAUCGUCAUUCUCGAUGAAGCUGAUUCAAUGACUGUGGAUGCUCAAUCUGCAUUACGUCGAACAAUGGAAACGUAUUCAAAGAGUACUAGGUUUUGUUUGAUUUGUAAUUAUGUUAGUAGGAUUAUCGAACCACUAACAUCCCGUUGUGCCAAAUUCCGAUUCAAACCACUGGAUCCAUCAUCAACUCGUGGACGUCUAGAACAUAUUUGUGAGGCCGAGGGAGUUAAUUAUAAGCCUGAGGCAAUUGACGCACUAAUCACAGUCUCAGAAGGUGAUUUACGUAAAGCUAUCAUGUACCUGCAAUCAGCUCAUCGUCGAUACGGAGUGCAAAAUGUGGCUAUUGAUCAAGAGGCUAUUUUUGAAAUCGCUGGUGUCUUAUCAGACACCACAAUUGCCAACAUAUUUGAAAAAAUAACCACUAAAAAAUUCAACGAAAUCGCCACCCUCACAAACACACUAGUCCUCAACGGGUUCCCAGCAUCACAAAUAGUCGCUCAAGUGCACGAGAGGUUAUCACUCGACCCAACUUUCACGAGUCGUCAGAAAUCAUUGAUGAGUCAAGCAUUGAUCAAAGCAGAGAAAUGUUUGGUGGAUGGUGCGGACGAGUAUUUGCAAUUGAUUUCGCUCUUGUGGAAGUUGAGUCAGUGUCAGUAA